UUUAUUCACUUGUUGUUGCCUUUGCCUCAAGUGCUGAGUUCGGCACUACGGCACGUUAUAUAUUGUUGAGUGUUGACUAGUUGACUGCAGUUUUUUUGACUUCGUUAUUUCCUUCGAAAUUUACAAUAAAAGUUGUGCGUUGGAAUCCUAAAAUUUGUUUAAAUAUUUUUGAAAAAUGAGUGACACAGAUACUGAAGAGAUUUUUAUUAACGAUGACGAACAACAGUACUUAGAUCAUAUAAAAAAAAUACUAGUUAAAGGACACAAAAAAAUGGAUAGAACAAAAGUUGGCACAAUUUCAUUGUUCGGCGCUCAAAUGCGUUACAAUUUGAUGGAUGGUAUUUUUCCACUAUUGACAACAAAAAGGGUAUUUUGGCGAGGUGUCGUUGAGGAGUUAUUAUGGUUUAUCAAAGGUUCAACAAAUUCUAAAGAAUUAUCUGAAAAAAAUGUAAAAGUUUGGGAUGCUAACAGCACACGUUCAUAUUUAGACUCGAUUGGACUUAAAAAUCGCCAAGAAGGCGAUUUGGGACCAGUUUAUGGAUUUCAAUGGCGACAUUAUGGUGCCGAAUAUAUGGAUGUGCAUACAGAUUAUUCAGGAAAAGGUAUUGAUCAGCUUCAAAAUGUUAUUGAUACUAUUAAAACUAAUCCUGGCGAUAGACGAAUGCUUAUGAUUGCAUGGAACCCAUGUGAUGUACCUAAAAUGGCUUUACCACCAUGUCAUUGUCUGGUACAAUUUUUUGUGGCCGAUGGAUAUCUGUCGUGUCAAAUGUACCAACGAUCAGCUGACAUGGGUUUAGGGGUACCUUUUAAUAUUGCCAGUUAUUCAUUACUUACAUACAUGAUUGCCCAUGUCACUGGAUUAAAACCUGGUGAAUUCAUUCAUACAUUGGGCGAUAGUCAUAUCUAUCUGAAUCACAUUGAUGCACUCAAAAUGCAACUUCAAAGAAAACCCAAAAAGUUUCCCAUACUAACUAUUAAUAGAGAAGUUAAAAGUAUAGAUGAUUUCAAAUUUGAAGACUUUACAUUAACUGGUUAUAAUCCAUAUCCAAAAAUAUCCAUGGACAUGGCCGUAUGAAAAGGAUAUAGAAUAUGAAUGUAUGAAAUCAAUGUAUAUUUUAAUAAAAUAGUUUAUAUUAAUUAAUUUAAGGUAUAUACAUGCAUACAUAAUUUUUGUUCAUAUAACACUUGAACAACGUAUACACGGUAUUGUAAAUCAAAUGUUUAUAUGAGAUGUCCACAGUUUUUAAAUAAGUUUAAAAAAAUGUAAAAUAAAAGCUGUUGAGCAGUACUAAUUAUGGCGUCAAUUUGUUUAAGGUAUAAAUAUAGAAACCAAUAAAAUAUGUUUCAAGAGAA